AUUCUGAAAGGUCGAAGCGGAAGUAGAAUUUAUCUAGCUAAACAUUAACGAGGAGUUCUUCGUCUUAUCCGUUUCCUCCUGACUCUGCUGCUUUUCGAUGAGCUACAUCGGCCAAGCCAACCGCAUAUCGUAACUACAUGUCAGAUGAUGCACUGAGGGUGGUUUCUAUCAAAGACCAGCCGCUAUGCAGUGCUGGUGCUCGGUGCAGGGUUUAUAAGUAUCUGUUUGUCCGCAUAGACUGAGAGUAGAUAUCAGAAUAUAGAGAACUGUGAAAGCAGACAGUCAGGAGGCCACGGUUCCCCCUCACACACAUACAUACAUCACCACGGCCUUGAUGGUGAUGUAUGCAAGGAAACCAACAAGAGUCAGCGAUGGGUGCAACGACAGAAGGGAUUCACAAUCCUAUCCGACCCAUAAAUCUCAGCCAAAGAGCCAGUCCAGCAGCCUUCACCGUUAUGACAAGGUGCGCGAUGGUUCCUCAGACCCUACACCCCCUUACAAAAUGCUGCGACGCUCAGAUGAAAGUCCUGUCAGCCGGCAUGGAGACGGAGCGGGACACGGCAAGGCAAAAACCUCUCACACAGUCAGAGGUAAAAAUGGGACCAGCGGCUCUCCUCAGGAGAACUCUCACAACAACAGCACCCACCACAGCUCCGACUCGCAUGCAACUCAGAGCAAGCCUGCAGACAGGGAGCCCGCAGAUGACUGGACAGAACACAUCAGCUCCUCUGGGAAGAAGUACUACUACAACUGUAGAACUGAGGUCUCCCAAUGGGAGAAGCCCAAGGACCUGUUGGAAAGGGAACAACGACAGAAAGACUCAAUCAAGAUGGCGGCGAACAGUUUCCCCAGGGACAUGGACUACAGACAAGAGGCCUUGCAGGACAAAGCCACAACAAAGACCACAUCAGCAGACCAGUCGACUGCAUCCAACUCCGGCCAUUCCUCUUCCUCCUCUUCUCAGAGCCUGAACUCUGGUCCAGGUGCGCUAGGUUCCACCCCCUCCACAAUGUCCUCCUCUUCCUCCUCCUCUUCGGGGCAGGUGCCUCAGUCUAUUCAGUCCCCAUCACCAGCGCUGCUGCAGGACCCGGCUCUCUUGCAUCAGCUCCUCCCUGCGCUGCAGGCAACUCUGCAGAUGAAUAACGGCAGUAUGGACAUGGCCAAACUCAAUGAAGUCUUGGCAGCUGCUGUCACCCAAGCUUCCUUGCGGUCUGUGCUUCAUAAGCUCCUCACUGCUGGACCUGCUUUCAACGUCACUGCUCUGCUCUCAGCUGCUCAGCACUCCAACCAAGCCCAGCACUCCAGUCAGUCCCCCGUCUCUCUGACAUCGGAUGCAUCAUCACCGCGGCCGUACGUCUCCCCACGUAACGGCACACCACAGAGCAACCAGAAACCCUUCAUGGGUCUGCACCAAGGCAACAUCGCAUCCUCACUAACGAGGGGCAGCAUGUCUUCAGGUAAACAAGGAUCAGUCCCCCUGUCCCAGAUGGUAGAGAAGCGCCCAGAGGACCCCAGAACUCUCCAGCAGAGAAGCCAGGAGAUGCUGUGCACGGGAUCAAACCUACCUGGUGCUGCGUUGCCCCACGCCCCCUCCAGCAGCGCCAGCCAGCCCCUGUCUGACAUCCCCGGCUCAUUCACCCCCACCCUGGCAGCUCAUUUUGAUGAGAACCUCAUCAGACAUAUCCAAGGUUGGCCUUCAGAGAACACUGAAAAGCAGGCGGCCCGGUUGCAUGAGGACAUCCACAACAUGGGCAGCUUGUACAUGUCGGAGAUCUGCACAGAGAUGAAAAACCUGCGCUCCCUGGUCCGAGUGUGUGAAAUCCAGGCCACACUGAGGGAACAGAGAAUCCUGUUUCUGAGGCAGCAGAGCAAAGAGCUGGACAAGUUGAAGAACCAGAACUCCUACAUGGUGUGAGGAGCAUAGCAGAAAAGAAAGGACUGGGAUGGAUGGACGACAGUGAUUAUAGAAAAAGAGGAAUAGACAUGGACAGCAAGCGACUACAGCCUGUUUAUUCUCCAAACAAGAGCAACUGAGAAGAGCUGUCGGAGACGGACGAGACAGCGGCUGACACGGUGAAGCUCCAUCAUCCUGAACAUGUCUUUUAUUUCUUUCCUUUUUUUAAGAAUUUGUUUUUCCAGUGUCCACCACACAAACACGUCCCGCUGAGUCGGACACUACCCGAUGGACACAGAGGACCUGAGGCUCUUUUCAGACGGCACCUUCUCAGACUGUGAACCUUUUGGAUUGUGUGUAUCGUUUUGGGUUAACUUGUUUUCUGGUGUGUUUUUUUGAUGUGUAGUGGUCAGGAAAAGAUUACAAUUCAUUUCUUUGGGAAAUCAACUAAAACAAAAACCAUCUCAUAAUAAUCGGUGUGACGCAGUUGUUUGGCAGGCGGGGGGCAUCAAAACAAACUAUUUGCUCUCCAAUCUUCUUUAAUGGACUUUGUCAUGCAUUGAAAUGUAUGGUUCAAUGGCAGUGAUGUUACUAAUGUUAUUUUUAUUCACUAUACUCGUCAGUGGUUUUUCCUGACCAGCGUGUCUUCGAGCUGGUUGGUUUUACAUGUCAAGAGAUUAGCGAAGACCUUUGGCCAGAACUUUGUGAAAAUACUUAAAUGUGCUUCAGUUCUUUUGUUCCAGCUGAUUGGAAUCUGCGUUCUGGUUCCAGUGGUACAAAUGUACUGGUGCAUUUGUGGCUAGCACACACUCCAGAUGUUUCAAAGCCAUUUUGAAAAUAUUGGACCUAGAUUGGCUGCUAGUACAUAUGAGGUUGUAUUCAUUUAUAGCCCUGCUGGCUGUUCUCUCUCUCUCUCUUUUCUCUUUCUCCCUUCAGCUAUUUGUCUUUUUUUCUUUGUAUGAUUGUCCGCUUUUUGUUUCUAUCCCAACUCUGAUUUGGGACAUUUUUCAUUCCUUUUGUGCAGCUUAGCAAGAGAUUGUGUAAAAGAGUAGAAAAGUGACUGAACUCCCAGUCAUGUAAAGCUAAAUUAUUGUUGCACACGAUUACGUCCUCGUAGUCAUAAUGGAAAACACACACAGACAGACACACACACACACACACA